GAGCCCACGUAUCGAUUAGAAAAAAUCGCACGUAUGAUCGAGGCUUAAAAACCGAGUCCCCGACCCACCGAGCCGCUCUCCUUUGCACGCGCGCAGCGCCGCAACACCGCCGCAAUGCCGGGCCCUCCCGACCUGCGCGUCGAGCUGCCGCCCAAGGCGGUCGGCGCGCCGCCGGCGCCGUCGGCGCCGUCGCCGCCCCCCAGCGCGCCGCCGUCGCCGAAGACGCCGCGGCUCGCCGCGGCCCUGGCGCCCUACGUCGGCGCGUGGAAGGUCGUCUGGCUCAUCUCGCCCGCGUCGAUGCGCGAGUUCCUCGAGGAGCGCGGCGUCGCGUCGCGGUCGCGCGCGCUCAUGGCGGCGCUCACGCAGAGCAGCGAGCUCGAGUUCGGCGUCGACGGCCAGGACAACUGGACGGAGCGCGACCUCAUGUCCCUCAACCUCUUCCACACGAACCGCGUCGUCAUCCCCAUCAACGUCGGCUCGUCCGAGGGCGUGACGCCCUACGGAAUGCGGUGCCGCGGGUCCGUGUCGUUCCGCGACGGCCGCCUCCAGAUGGUCGAGGUGCCCGCGGACCCGACCUCCGCCGAGACGCCCGUGACCCACGACUUCAACCUCCACGGCGACCUGCUCCACCGCCGCGUGUCGUCCGGGUCGGGCGCGUCGUUCACGAUGGUCCUCGCGCGCAUCGACGCGGAGACGCACCACCGGAGCCGCGUGCUCCAGCGCGAGGUCGAGAAGGCGCCGCGCACGCGGGGGCCCCUGGCUUUGAUGCCCGCGGCGUGCUUCUUCCCCGUGUGGCUCUACUGCAUGGCGACGCGGAAGAUCUGGCGCGCCGUCUUCAGCCAGUUCUGGCCCAUGUCCGCGGCCAUGGUCCUCGGCAGCUUCAUCGCCGGCUCGACGCCCCUGGGCGGCGGCGUCGUCGGCUUCCCCGUGGCCGUGCUCGUGCUCCGCAUGGAGCCCGCGCAGGGCCGCGACUUCUCCGCGAUGAUCCAGGCCGUCGGCAUGACGUCCGCGUCGUACCUCAUCCUCUACCUCAAGCCCGAGCUCGUCCACGUCAAGCUGGUCUCUUGGUCCAUCGCCUUUGGGGUGUUGGGGUGCAUCGUCGGCUUCGUCGUCGAGGUCGACCCCUUCGCGGUGAAUCUGACGCUGACGACGUAUUUGUUGGCGUUCGCCGUCGUGUACUUUUACAAGAACGAGAUCAUCGAGCACUACCUGCCGCCCCUGGGGUGCGCCAAGGGCCCGGCGCCCGGCGGCGCCAAGGGCCCGGCGCCCGGCGGCGCCAAGGGCGACGCGCUCGCGGAGCUCGUGCGCGCGGAGGAGGCCAAGGACGAAUUAGCCGCGCCCGCGGCGGAUUUGGAAGAAGACCGGCGGCGGACGCGCGAGUCCAUCCGCGACGGCCUGCUCGUCGUCUCCGCGCUCGUCGGCGGCUUCGUGACGGCCAAGCUCGGCUCCGGCAGCGACUCGAUGGCCUACAUCUUCGCGUCCUUCUGCUGGAACAUGCUCACGCCCGAGGACGUGAUCUCCGAGUCGGCGAUGACGGCGUCGACGGUCAUCGUCAUGGCGACCAUGUCCUUCGUCGUCAUGGGCAUCCGCAUGGCCACGGGCCACGUGAGCCAGGACGUCGUCUACUGCUGGUGCGCGGCGGCGCCCGUGGUCUGCUUCGGCGCGCCCCUCGGGUCGCUCGUGCUCGGGCCCCGCGCGGAGCUCAUGCUGCGCCGCUUCUUCUACUUCAUCUCCGUGAUCCAGUUCCUCUUCUUCGCGCUCAUCGUCAUCCAGACGCACGCGGUCGGCUGGUCCGUCGUCGCCGUCUGCAUCGGCGCGACGGUCGCCGCGGUCGUCGCCCACUACCGGCUCCGGCUCCUGCCCGCGGCGACCGCGCGCACGCGCCAGGGGAGCGCGGACCACGACGCGAGCGACGCCGGCGACGCGGCCGCCGAACGCGCGGGCUACGCGGACGUCCCCGCGUACGUCGCCGGCGCGCCCGCGGCGGGCGACGACGUCGAGGGCGGCGGCGGCACGAUCAUGGACGGCGCGGACCACCUCGGCGACGUCGGCGGGUCCCACCUCGCCGUGGACCUGUCGCUGAGCAGCGCCUUCACGCCCCUCCAGCGCAUCGUGUUGACGGCGAACGGCAACCUCCAGCGCAUCCUGUCGGCGUACCACAACCGGGCCGUCACGGUGACGGUGCUGCGCAACGAGCGCGUGAAGAUCGGCCUCUGGCGGCGGCGCGUGCUCAUCGCCGUCGACGGCACGCCGGCCUGCGUCGCCGCGUCCGUCGUCACCGCCGUGACGCGCGAGGCCAUCGAGCUCGCGGACGGCGGCGGCGUCGGCAUCGGCCAGAUCUUCGCGGAGCUCGGCGGCAAGCAGUCCUUCUCGCUCCUCGAGGUGUCGAAGAACGCGACGACGUUUUCGCGGACCUACACGCUCGCGAACGCGCACAUCAUGUGCCACGUGGAGGAGGUCCUCCCGCUGAACCUCUUCGACGACGACUUCUUCGCCCGCGCGCCGGACUGGCACCCGGACGCGGCGCUCCAUUCCCCAGCACCGCUUCCGGUCGCGGUCGCCGCCGGCGAGGGCCGCCGCGCGGCUUUCGCGCAGUCGCGCGGCUCCCGGCCGUCCGGCGGCGCGUCGCCGUCGCCGAAGAAGCGCGACGCGAGCGACGCCCGCUUCCUCGGCGGCUUCUUCGUCUUCGCGGGCCUCGCGCCGCCCCGCGGCGGCGGCGGCGGCGCCUCCUCGGCCGCGGCGUCCUCCGCGGGCUCGACGCGCUCCGCCUGCGCCGCCGACAGCGCGCCCGCGCCCGUCGAGAAGACGCGCGCCGUCGCGCGCUUCUCGCGCGCGUCGCCCAGGGACGUGGAGUCCAACUCGAUGCGGAACGUCGCGUCGAGGGCGCUCGGCGGCGGCACGACGAACAACAUCCAGGGCGGCUUCGCGCUCCGGCCGUUCAUCGUCAGGAACGCGCCGCCGUCGAGCGACUCGAACGUGGACAACCCGCUCGACGACUGCGUGAGGCGCCACACAGCCUCGCGCGGCGGCAGCAGGCCGUCCUGGGCCUGGAUGGACACGGUCGUGCCCAGGGCCGGGUGCGGCGACGUGCGCAGGUAG